AUGGCACACAGCACUGCUUCCAGUGACAGUGUUUAUCAAGAAGGAUUCACCCACCACCAACACAUUGCUAUGACUUCAUAUAAAUAUAACUCUUCGGAGAAUCAAUUUCUGUAUUUCUCAUACCUUCACGAUGACCACCACACAGAAUAUCAUGAUGAUGCACAAACUGCGUCUAAAAGGGCCCUGAAAGAAUUUUCGCAGCUUCCACCACCCAUCGGGUUGAAAUUCACUUUGACUCCUGAAAUGAUGGAACCAAGUCAAGUUGCAGCAGCCAACAAAGUUGAGAAACUGAAGGCUGUGCAGUUUCCAAUGAACAUGCUCAGAAUCGGCUACUUUAAGAUUGAAGCUAAAUAUCCUUAUGAAUUAGUAGCUAAGUGUUAUUACGCAAGACAAAAAUUGAUGUGGGAGAUAUUACACGAUGGUUUGAAGUACAAAAUUGAAAUACAGUAUCAGAAUAUAUCAGCCAUUCGAGCUGUUAUCGAGGAACACUCACCUGGAGUUCUGGAAAUUGAGGUAUUUUUCCUUUAUUAUGUUACUUUAGAAAAAGAAAAUGUCGAAACAAAAAACUAUAGAUUGAAGUUUUACAUAUACAAUUUCCUUAAUGGCGAAUAUUAUGUCCUACAGUUAGACAAAGUACCAUCAUUCUUUAGGGAGAUUGAACCAAAGCCCAAAAAACAUACCAUGUGGACCAUAUCCAAUGACUUCACCAAUGCUCAAGCUUCACAAUACCGGAGGCACUAUCUUGAAUUUCCUCCUGGCGUUCUUGAUCAACACUACAUGAAGAUAUUGCAAAGCGAUAACCGAUUGCUGGAAUUAAGCCGAAGAAGUUUUCCAAGUUCACAUUCUGCUUAUUUUAAUUUGCAUUUAGAUGAAGGAACCACUCAAUUUUCUAUUGGUUAUGAUCUGCAUCACAUUGUCUACCCCUACUCCCUUAGCCUCUGAACAUCUGCUUUUGUAAUUCUCCAUGCUUCAUAUUUCUAAAUUUUCUUGCCAUUUACGUUAUGUAUGGUUGGAAAAUAUGGGUGCAUUUCUUUUUCGUUUAUUAAUUUUAUCUUAGUAUCAUAUACACAUCUAGCCUACUUAGCUCAACCAGUAAAAGAUUACUAAGAAAAGAUAACAAGUUAUAUAAUUCAU